UGUACCACCACUCUUUAGGGGUUUUCUUCAACCAUAUUAGUUUAUGUGACUAUAACACAUAACUCAGCUUCAAUCGGAUUUGCUUGAUUUUCAUUCAUAGUCUUCUUAUGACAUUCUAAAAGAUUUAUGAUCCGACUUGCCACAACUUUUAUACUUUCCAGUUGAUUUAUUCUUCAUGGAAACUCAGCGCCAGUCCAACUAUAUUGGAGCUCUCAUUCUGUGUGAUUAAAUAUACUUAGUUUUAAAAAAAUUGGACAAGGCUUGGACUAGGCGGCGGCUUCUAAUGACUUCAUAGCGGACCGGUCCUGUGGAAACAAACUUAAAUUUAGUGAAACCUUGAUGAACAAAUUUAAUAGGUCCAACUUUAUUAGGUCUUGCCUUUCUUUUUCCCUUAUUUUAGUACUCAACCACAUUCACAUUAUGAAUGUGAAUUGAUCCUUCUUUCUCGAGUUUCAGUGACUCAUUUUAUAGCCUGAUGAUCAUGUUUACCAAAGGCUUGUAAGAAACAUGGUUUUGAAGUAUGCUAAACUUGCUAAACGUAGUUUCAUGUUUCAGUUGUUGCUAAAAAAAGAAGUUUCCAUGUUUCAAUUGAAGAAGGUAAUCAAUUCAUAUAUUUUUCUUCAAUUUCAAUAGCUAUGCUUUAAUCUACUAAUUAUUGUUUUGAUUACAGCCCAAUGCUGAUGUUUCAUGUAGUAUUUGGUUUACUUUUUUUUCAAUUUUAUAUUCGCAGAACCAGGCCUCAAACUAUUGGGGUGAAACAUUUGAAUGGGUUCCAUUUAUAUAACGGAUUCCAAUAUUAAAAAACUGUUUUUAAAUAUUAAUUUAUAGAAAUUCAAUGUUUUGACAUAAUACAUAUGAAAAUAUAUAAAUUUUUAUAUAUUACUUAAAGAUAGAUAAACUGUUUCUUUAAAUAAUUUUAUCUUGUUUGUAUAUAAGUUUAUUGGGGGGCCCAAUAAUACCAGUCCCGACUCUGUAUAUUCGUGGACCAUUUCCAUGUCUUUGUUAAUCUUCCAUGUGAAUUUAUUUGUAUCUUAAAACUCAAUUAAAAUUAUUUUUAUAUAUGAAUUUGAGGGUGAAGAUAUGUUGAUUAUUGAAUAUGAUGAAGAUACAAUCGUGAUGAAAAGGAAUGUUUGAUUAAAAAUAAAUUGGAUUACAAAACAGUAUAGUAUUGGUGCAAGAGGUCAAAAUCCCCUCCUUUAUAGCUGAUUUUCGUCUGUGUAUAUAUGGACGGGGUAACGCACUUCGGUCGAUAUAAUUCAUUAGUUUAAAAGAAAAUAAGUAUAUAUUGCUUAAAAUAGCAUUAGUUAAUUUCUUAAAAGUAAUAUUUUUUGAAAGAAUUCUUUAUCUAAGAUUCUGAACGGAAAUCACAACAAAUAGUUAUACAAGAAAUUGAUUAGUAUGUACAUCACUACAUCUGAUGUAAGAAAACAUUGAUUAGUACACCUCCUAGACGAGGUCAUAGCUAAUAUAUAUCUGGACAUUUGUUUCUUCUGAUCACUUCUUUAAAAAGCAAUAGUGGAAUUAAAGAAUUUGUUUUUGGGAGCAAUCGAAGUAUUUAGGCUUUAGUCUAACGUUCAAUUGGAUCAAAUACAUCUUGAACCAUUAUAUUUAAUAUACCAUAUUUUCAUGCAAAUUGAAUUAUGAUAAACGAAUUUGUGUGAAUGAAAAAAAAAUUCAUUUUGACAAAAAUAUAUAUGAAUAAAGCUAGGUUUGUAAUUUUGUUUUGACAAAAAAUGAAACUUACUUGUUUCGUCAAAAAAGAAAUGAAACUUACAUAAAACAAUAUUUUUCCUUUAUUGAAUAUAAAUCAAUGAUUAUGAAUGUAUCAAUUAUCAAAUCAGAUACAGUACGAAAAUCGGAUUUCAGCUCUAGACCUCUAGGAGUAGGCAAUAACGGAAUGAUAAUCGCACGCGCGCGUGGAAUUAAGUUGAGCCCAAAAAAAAUAUUGAAGCUAGAAAGUAAGUUACAUAUCUUUUUUUUAAAACACUUUCGAUAUAUCUUAAGUAAGUUAUAUAUAAUUUCAACAAAUUAAUGAUAACGAAUUUAGUGUUGUUUUUUUUUGCUUAACGAAUUUGGUGUCAAUGAAGGAAUAUAAGUCAUAUAUCAUUUGAACAAAAUAUAUGUGAAUAAAAUUAGGUUUGGUUUUGCCAAAACAAAACUUAUAUAAAUCUACACUAUUUCUUUUGUCUAAAAAUAGUAAAUCAAUGAUUAUGAAUAAUUGAAUACAUAUGCACGAAAUCAAAUAGAAAGAUUUUGAAAUUCUCAAGCGUAGUGUAGUCGGUCCUCGCUGUAGACUCUAGUAGUAGGCUCAGUAGGCCAAACGGAAUGAGAACCGCAGGCGCGUGUGUAACACCUCAAAACCACACGGAAACACAAAGUUAUUUAUCAGGUACAGUCGAUUCCACAUUCCUUCAUGUUUUACCACCGUCAAAUAUCACACAAACUCCAAAAGUAACAGGUGGCAUCAAUCCAUCGCUUCACUGCACAUGCCAAUAUUUUAUCUACCUUGUGAACGAGCACAGACAAAUAAAUCGCCGCGAAGGAGCACAGUUACAUAGUUACAGGCGGUUUGAGGGUAAAAAUGUCAAUUAAGCUCAACUUGCAGCGCAGGCAAACGACUCACGUGACAUGCCACACGCAUAUCAGGCACACACACCACACUCUCCCUUUCUCUCUCUAUAUAUGUAGAUUUUAACGAAAGCGACAUUUCGAAGCUUUUUUUCUUUUCUUUUCCGUUUUCGUCCUUCCUCAGCAGAGAAAAAGCUCUAUUUUUUUUCCGGUGAGAAAAAUAAAAUUAUUCGUUUGUUUCCGAUUCUCUCUACCAACUCGUUCAUGUUCACUGAAUCAGAUUUACUGAUUUUCCAGGGAAAUCGAAGGGAAGAAGGAGCAGAAGAUCAUGAUUGUAAGCUUUCUCUCUCUUUAUUUAACGAAUCCAGACAAAUAAAAAAUUGUCUCUUUCUCAUGACGAUCGAAAUAAAAUCAUCAUCAUCGUCGUUGGUCUAGUGACGUUGACAGUGUUUCCUUACUGUCUCCCACGCGCGCACCUGAUAGCGCGUGUGUGUUUAUUGUUAUUAGUCAGCUUUAUUAUAUUCUCCAGGCAUCAUCAACUGAUUUUCCUCGGCAAUUAAAAAAAAAAAAAGUUAAACCUCUGAGUGUGUGUUUGUACGUACACUCGUGUGCAGGAAACGAUGUUCGUGAAAAGGUAUCCGAUCAGAGGAGCCUCCGCCGCUAAAAACCCUUCGCCGCCACCGCCAUCGCACAUAAGAGUGGGAUCUUACUACGAAAUCGAUUCCUCCGUCCUCCCACUGAGAUCAUCGACGCCGGAGCAGCUCAAAUCCAUCAGAAUCGUCAUGGUAGUAAAACCUCACGUUGUUUCCUUCUCUCCUCACGUUUUCUCAAAGACUGAUUUAUUUAUUUAUUUUUUUUUUUUUGCUCAGGUGAACAAAGUCACGGGACGUCACGUGACUCUCCGUUACCCGAGCAUGUACUCUCUCAGAUCGUAUUUCGAUUUCGCCGGUCUAAACCGGACUAAACCGGAGAAUAAGAAUAAGAAUAAGAAGAGUGGUGGUGGUAGUCUUCUUCCGGUUCUGGACGAGGGGUAUGUGACGACGGCGGAUCUAGCCGGAGACUUGCUCUACAGAAGAAUCCCACCUCACGAGGUUUCUCUGAGUAGAAAGUCCUGGAGUUUCUGGGUUUCCGACGAUUCUCAUCCGGCGAAGGCUAGACUCUACCGCGCGAUUUCGCCUGAGGGAAAGUGCUGGUCUGAGCUGAGAUCGAGAGGGAUGAUCAAGUGGGGGAAGAGGUUGCGCGUCCGUUACCAGAGCCGCCAUAUUGACUGUAACAACAACAAGAGUUGUAGUAGACUCAAGGAGGAAGAUGAUGGGACUGGUAAGAGGAAGGUGAGUGAAUCCAAGGCUGAGACUCUUGCUAAGAGGGCUAAGGUGUUUGAUCAGAAGAUGGAUAAUCAAAUCGUGGUUUAUAAGAGGGAUGAGAUUGAAAGCAGUGAUCUUCGAGCUGAGAAGAGAAGAUUCAACGUAUCUGAGAAGAAGAAGGAGAAUCAGAUUGUGGUUUAUACGAGGAGAUCAGAGAAGAGCUUUAUUGACAGAUGGUCUGUUGAGAGGUACAAACUUGCGGAGAAGAACAUGUUAAAAGUGAUGAAGGAGAAGAACGCAGUGUUUGGUAACUCCAUGCUCAGGGCAGAGUUGAGGUCAGAAGCAAGGAAGCUGAUUGGGGACACGGGUCUUUUAGAUCAUCUGCUUAAGCACAUGGCGGGGAAGGUGGCUCCUGGAGGUCAAGACCGGUUUAGGAGAAAACACAAUGCAGAUGGAGCUAUGGAGUAUUGGUUGGAGAGUUCUGAUUUGGUUAACUUAAGGAAAGAAGCUGGAGUCGAAGAUCCUUAUUGGACACCUCCACUUGGUUGGAAGAUUGGUGAUAGUCCUACUCAAGAUCCUGUCUGCGCUGGUGAAAUCCGUGACAUCAGAGAAGAAUUAGCUUCCCUGAAAAGAGAGAUGGAGAAACUCGCGUCAAAGAAAGAGGAGGAGGAGCUUGCUAUCAUGACUACACCUAAAUCUUGUGUUACUAGUCAGAACGUGGACCAUGAUAGCAUGAUGACUCCAGCAAAGGAAAUCUACGCUGAUCUGCUGAAGAAGAAAUCCAAAAUUGAGGACCAGCUAGUGGUAAUUGCAGAAACCUUGCGCAAAAUGGAGGAAGACAUGGGAUGGCUUAAGAAAACAGUGGACGAGAACUGUCCUAGGAUGCCAGACUCAACGGAGAUGCCUUUUCUACUAGAGGAUUCACCAAUGUUUAAGACACAAGAAGGAGAAGUGAAGGAAAAUCAAAUCACGGAGUCACCUCAAAAAGCUAGGAAAGAUAGUCGACAAGGAGAACCAUCACUUAUACACAACACUGGUUUCAGAAUCUGCAGGCCUGUGGCGAGUUUCUCCUGGCCUAAACUGCCUGCCCUUGUUGCUGCAACUGAUACUGAUGAGUUUGCUUCUUCGCCGAGUCACCGACCAUCUCCCGUCCUGCCUUUUCCAUUCACCCUCCGUUCCCCAGAAACUCCAACAAAUCUCUUUGACCUUUAAAGCUGUCAUCAGUCUUGAGAUCUUACUUGCCCUACAAGUAAGCUCUCAAAACCACAAGCGAGUAGGUUUUUACAACUAUCACUUAUUAUAGAAUUUAAGGUACGGAAAAUAAGAGAAGGGACCCCUAUUCUUAUGGGAGCAAUAUUUGGGAAUUUUGAUUUAUUUUUCCUCUCUACUUUAUGUCUCAUAGAGGGAUGUCUUGAAUGGACUUAUAUAUCAUAGGAAAAUAUUUUGAAGAUUGAAACACUGGGACCAAAUGAUUCUGUCUUACUGAACCAUUUCUAUUAUUGAUAGGGUUAUAUACUU